GUGACUGAAUGACGCCGCGAGGACUGUCACGCGCAACAGCGUCCGUUGAGUAGAGAUUCGUUGGUGGAAUCCUGAUGUUAUUUGUUUCGUGAUAAUCGCUUCCGCUCUGCAGGCUCUGCGGAGUGUCAUCUACGAAUGUCCAGCCCUUGCUUCCCGCAAGAAGGCCAACAGAAAGGUCGGGUACUUAUUUCGGUCCGAACAUGGUAGACCAGCACGGGGUAGACGACAAACGUGAGGGACCAACUUGGUGAAGAUAAGAACAGCGGACAGGAAGGAACAGCGGCACACUUUCACCUGACAGCGGCUGCAGCAGCUACCAGCCGCUCCGUUUCCCGCACAGCCCCUCGUAAACGAAGUGAAAGCGGUCACUUCCUCUUGGAGCGGAAAUGACGAAGGGAAGCUCGCUUCCUCGCUCUCUCCACUUGCUGUUUCGUGGAUCGACAUCAUAGCAUGGCCCUUCUUCUUCAACAAGAAUACGGCGGCUAUCUCAAGUCAUUUUAUCAUCCUUCUACAAGCAGAGAUAGUAAACAAGAGCAACAACGCUUCCAUGGAGUAGACCAAGGAGACGCCGACACGCUAUAUCUUUUCUGCAGUACUUCUGAUCCAGACAGGGGCGAAUCCAGGAUUUUUCUGAAGGGUGGUCCUGCCUUGGAAAGCAUGCUAUUAUACUACCAAGGUGCCAUGUCUGUAGAGGAGGGAUUGUUGAGUCCCUGGGGCCGCCUACAAGGACACUUGAACUGGCCUCUAUCCAUGACCCUCGGGGAUCUCCCUCAAGACAACCUCCUUCCCACAGGUUUAGGAAACGACCCACGGCAGUGGAGCAAGCACAAUGUGUCCAUGUGGCUGGAGUGGUGCACGGAGCAGUUCUCCCUGGUGCCAACUGAUGCAGAAACCUUCCACAUGAAUGGCAAAGCUCUGUGCCUGCUUUCAAAAGGAGACUUCCUGGAUCGAGCACCCAAGGCAGGAGAUGUACUCUUCAACGCACUUCAGCUUCUGCUUCACAGAGCAUUACACAAUGCUCGCGUGGGGAUACACAAUGGCAGCAUUCCCCCACGUUCUACAGUCAUUACAAGAGAUGGCUUUGGGCAGGUUCUUCUACAAGACUCCAACCAGCAGCCCUUGCAGGUGUCUCCAUUGUCAGCAGAAGUGGACAGCACUGUCAUCUUGAGCCCAGAGCCCAGCUCUGGAGGAGAGAGUGGAGACACACCCACUUCUAAGCUGGGUUCUCCCGUGGGACCCGAGGGAGGGAUGCAGUCCGACCAGGCGUUUGCUUCCAGAGGUUGGGUGUCCGCGUUCCCUGGAAUGGUGCCAGGUGUGGUGUCUGGAGCAGCUAUACUAGGUGCACCAUCUUCUGAUGUGGUGGUGGCGCCACCUGCAAAGACCACACAGAACGGAACCGUAUUAGGUUCUCCCGGAAGACUAAUAGCUGAUGGUCCUGGUGACAAAAUGAGUGUGCGUCUACUAUGGGACUUCCUGCAGCAGCUGUUAAACGACCCAGAGCAGCGGUACCGUUACUGCAUUGCGUGGAAGGACCAAGCCAAGGGAGUCUUCAAGAUUGUUGACCCACAUAGGUUGGCCAAGCUUUGGGGAAUGCAAAAGAACCAUCUCAAUAUGAACUUUGACAAGAUGUCCCGUGCCAUGCGUUACUACUACAGGGUCAAGAUUCUGCAGAAAGAGCCUGGAGAACGACUCUGCUACCGGUUCUUGCGGCCACCGACAGAACUGCGUUACUGCAAACAGCGCUCCCUGCUGGAUAAGGGUGACAGAACCCCGGAGAAUGGUAGUGCAACACAAAGAACACAGAGUGAAGGAUACAAAGAGGAUAUAUUGAACGCUCUUGACAUGAGCGUCAAGGAUGAGUGCCUCUCCCCUGCCGAGUAGUUGACUGGAUCCUUUUUGUCUAUCAAAGGACACUUCCGGGUGAUGCCGGACGAUUAGAGAUCUCAGCACGUUCCAUUGAAUGUGCAUCCAUGUUCUACAGGAAGAAGUACAAGGUGUGCCUCACCCACUGAUGUCUCAUAUCGUGUGAGGAAUACUGUGCCUUUUGUUGCAAAUGUGCAUCCUGGUGAGCCAUUUGCAUUUCUUUCAUGUGAGACCAGACACUCAAAUAGGUGACAGAUAAGUGCGUUCAUUAGCUUCCUCUUGUUCCCCUCACUGCGUGCAUCAACCAACAUCUGUGAGACCUAAAGAGAGAGCAUAGGGUCUGGCCGGAAACUCUCCAGAGGACCAUAUACACACACAUAGGUGCAGGACAGGCGUGAGAUAUGGUUCUUAUGCACACCAUUGCUCCUGUUCUGAAGGACUGGCUUAUGAGAAUGAAAGUAGCCAUUCAUACGACACAAGUGUGUAUGACUGCGUGUUUGUGUGCUACUUUAGUUACAACUGUGCUGCGCCGUACUGUACCUCAUGUGGGGUUAGUAGGACAACACAUUUCUUUCGUACGUUAGUGUACACAGCACAAUGCUUUGGGAAUUCUUACGGGGAAAAGGGUUGCCCAUACACGUGUAAACAUGAUGGUGUUGCGCAAGGAGAUGCAGAAUAGCGCAGAAUAUAUCGCAGAAUGCAAAAUAGCGCAAGGAGAUUCAGAGCAUGUUGGUUAUUAAUGUACAUCAUGGUAAAGAAUAGCACAUAAAAUAGCAUUUACAUCUGG